CCGCCCCGCCUUCCCUGCGUCCCGCUGGGUCCUAGCGCCGUCCUCUAUCCUUCCCGCAGCGUCCCGGGCUCGGUGGGUGCGCGGAGCCGACGCCAGCGCCUCGGAGCCAGCCCGAGUAGGAUCAGAUGAGGAAACAGGUUCUAAGACACACAGUAAAUUUCACAAGGUCACAUCAGCUGGGGAGUGAUGGAGUCAAGAUCUGAAGCUGAGCAUUCUGGCUUCAAAGCUUUGCACUUAACCACAGUACUGUCCUGUUUUUCUGGACCUCAGUUCCUUUAUCAACGAAAAGGACAUUGCUCAUGGUGUUGACAUGAAGGACCCAGGUCUGUCUUCCCUGAGUGAUUGGAGACCUUCAGGCCAAGACCCACAUCUGCUUAUACUGAGUCCGGGCAUAGUCCUUGGACACUGAGCUGAAGAAGAAAGAUGGUGAGACUGAAGGCACCUAGGCGUCUGAGACGGCCACAGGGUUUCUCGGAACUCUGAAAGUUCCCAGAGAUUGAGGAGCAAAGUACAGAGAAGCUCGACCCACCAUGGAGGUGGAGGCAGCAGAGGCCCGGGCCCCAGCUCCUGGCUACAAGCGGUCUGGGCGCCGCUAUAAGUGCUUGUCUUGUACCAAGACCUUUCCGAAUGCGCCCAGGGCAGCGCGCCAUGCUGCCACCCAUACACCUGCAGACUGCAGUGAGGAGGUGGCCGAGGCGAAGCCAAAGGUGGAUACAGAGCCUAAAGCAGAGGAAGCCAGUGGGGACAAGGUGUCAGGGCCAGCAGCCAAGCCGCGGCCUUACGCCUGUCCACUGUGCCCCAAAGCCUACAAGACGGCACCCGAAUUGCGCAGCCAUGGGCGCAGCCACACAGGCGAGAAGCCCUUCCCGUGCCCUGAGUGCGGGCGUCGCUUCAUGCAGCCAGUGUGCCUGCGCGUGCACCUGGCCUCGCAUGCUGGCGAGCUGCCCUUCCGCUGUGCACACUGCCCCAAGGCCUAUGGGGCGCUGUCCAAGCUCAAGAUCCACCAGCGCGGUCACACCGGCGAGCGGCCCUACGCCUGCGCAGACUGCGGCAAGAGCUUCGCCGACCCCUCGGUGUUCCGCAAGCACCGACGCACUCACGCAGGCCUGCGGCCCUACGGCUGCGAGCGCUGUGGUAAGGCCUACGCCGAACUCAAGGACUUGCGCAACCACGAACGGUCCCACACCGGCGAGCGCCCCUUCCUGUGCUCCGAGUGCGGAAAGAGCUUUUCUCGCUCCUCGUCGCUCACAUGCCACCAGCGCAUCCACGCGGCGCAGAAGCCCUACCGCUGCCCGGCCUGCGGCAAGGGCUUCACGCAGCUCAGCUCCUACCAGAGCCACGAGCGCACGCACUCGGGCGAGAAGCCCUUCCUGUGCCCGCGCUGCGGCCGCAUGUUCUCGGACCCGUCCAGCUUCCGGCGCCACCAGCGCGCCCACGAGGGCGUGAAGCCGUACCGCUGCGAGAAGUGCGGCAAGGACUUCCGGCAGCCGGCCGACCUGGCCAUGCACCGGCGCGUGCACACCGGCGACCGGCCCUUCAAGUGCCUGCAGUGCGACAAGACCUUCGUGGCGUCCUGGGACCUCAAGCGGCACGCGCUGGUGCACUCGGGCCAGCGGCCGUUCCGCUGCGAGGAGUGCGGGCGCGCCUUCGCCGAGCGCGCCAGCCUCACCAAGCACAGCCGCGUGCACUCGGGCGAGCGCCCGUUCCACUGCAACGCCUGCGGCAAGUCCUUCGUGGUGUCCUCCAGCCUGCGGAAGCACGAGCGGACCCACCGGAGCAGCAGUGAGGCGGCGGCGGCCGCCGCGGCCCCCCAGCCGGAGCUGGUGGUGGGGUUGGCCCUGCCGGUGGGCGUGGAGGGUCCGGCCGGCCCGGGGGCGGCGGCGCUGGGGGACCCCCCGGCCGGGCUGCUGGGGCUGCCCCCGGAGUCGGCCGGGGUGAUGGCCACGCAGUGGCAAGUGGUGGGCAUGACGGUGGAGCACGUGGAGUGCCUGAAUGCGGGCGCCCCGGAGGCGCCGGGCCCCUUGGGCGGGGCAGGAGAGGUAGGAGGCGAGAAGGCGGAUGAGAAGCCCCCGCAGUUCGCGUGCCGCGAGUGUAAGGAGACCUUCUCCACGCUGACGCUGCUGCGGCGCCACGAGCGCUCGCACCCGGAGCUCCGGCCCUUCCCCUGCACCCAGUGCGGCAAGAGCUUCUCAGACAGGGCCGGGCUGCGCAAGCACAGCCGGACCCACAGCUCCGUGCGCCCCUACGCCUGCCCGCACUGCCCCAAAGCCUUCCUGAGCGCCAGUGACCUGCGCAAGCACGAGCGCACGCACCCCGCGCCCAUCGAGACCCCCGCGCCCCUGGAGCCUCUUGUGGCUUUGCUGGGAAUGCCCGAAGAGGGGCCAGCCUGAGCCCAGCGUCCCUCCGCCCCGCGCCCAGCGCGUGUCUCCCGAACUGCCUCGACCCCCCUCCCCCCUUCAGCUCGCGCUAGACUCCGGUACCCAUUCUUGAGCAACUCGCUCGCCUGGCUCCACCUGAGCGCCGGGAUGCCGGAGCCUGGCCGAAUUGUGAGGACUGAGUAGCACUCAUUAAAACACUCACUCCCCCACGCGAUCCUCUAAUGUGUUCUAGUUGGAGUCAUUGGUUGGGAGUUUGAGCAGCAGUUAAGGAGACCCCUUGGACUGACCAAAAACUGGAAAGGUCUUUAAUGCAUGGUUUCCCAAGGAAUAUUAUAGGAUGUCUCGGGACAAAGGAUUCCGUGACCAAGUAGGCACAGAAAGUCCUCAGACCUUGGGAAUUCCUGGGAGUUCCAUGUUGUAUGCAUUGAAAGCAUUAAAUCCUGUAGCAAACAAAUCUGUUUAGCUGUGUUUUGUCCACACUUUGGACCAUGGAAACGUUUUACUGAGUAAUGCUAUUUCUUUCUCUUUUUUUGCCAGUCCUGGGGCUUGGACUCAGGGCCUGAGCACUGUCCCUGG